GCCAGUCGGGGGGCGUCGCGAUGCUGCUCCGCCUGCUGCUGGCCUGGGCCGCGGCGGUGCCCGCGCUGGGCCCCGCGCCCCGCGCCGCCUGCGGGCCCCGCAGCUGCUACGCGCUCUUCCCGCGGCGCCGCACCUUCCUGGACGCCUGGCGGGCCUGCCGCGAGCUGGGCGGCGACCUGGCCACCCCGCGCACCCCCGAGGAGGCCCGGCGCGUGGACGGCCUGCUGGGCGGCGCGGGCGGCGCGGCCGGCGGGCUGCUGUGGAUCGGGCUGCAGCGGCCGGCGCGCCAGUGCCAGGCGCAGCGCCCGCUGCGGGGCUUCACCUGGACCACGGGCGACCAGGACACGGCCUUCACCAACUGGGCGCAGCCGGCGUCGGCGGGGCCCUGCCCGGCGCAGCGCUGCGUGGCGCUGGAGGCGGGCGGCGCGCACCGCUGGCUCGAGGGCUCCUGCACCCUGGCGGUGGACGGCUACCUGUGCCAGUUCGGCUUCGAGGGCGCCUGCCCGGCCCUGCCCGACGAGGCGGGGCAGGACGGGCCCGCCGUCUACACCACGCCCUUCCACCUGGUCUCCGCCGACCUCCAGUGGCUGCCCUUCGGCUCGGUGGCGGCCGUGCGCUGCGGGGCGGGCCGCGGCGCCUCCCGGCUCUGCGCGCAGCAGCCCGCGGGCGGGGUGGGCUGGUCCCCGGCCGGGCCCCUGUGCCCCGGCCCCGCCUGCGGCCCGGAGAACGGCGGCUGCGAGCACGAGUGCGUGGAGGAGGCGGGCCGCGCCGCCUGCCGCUGCCCCGACGGCUUCCGCCUGGCGGCCGACGGGCGCAGCUGCGAGGACCCGUGCGCCCGCGCCCCCUGCGAGCAGCAGUGCGAGCCCGGCGGGCCGCGGGGCUUCCGCUGCCACUGCCGCCUGGGCUUCCGGCCGGCCGAGGACGAGCCGCACCGCUGCGUGGACACCGACGAGUGCCAGAUCGCCGGCGUGUGCCAGCAGAUGUGCGUCAACUACGUCGGGGGCUUCGAGUGCUACUGCCGCGAGGGCCACGAGCUGGAGGAGGACGGCAUCAGCUGCAGCCCCGCGGGGGCCACGGGCGCGCGCGCGUCCCAGGACCUGAGGGACGAGCUGCUGGACGACGGCGAGGACGGCGAGGACGUGGAGGAGGCCUGGGAGGUCUUCGACGGCGGCUGGACCGAGCCGCCCGGCAUCGCGUGGAUGGAGCCCACGCCGCCACCCCACUUCGGCCUGCCCUAUGGGCCCGGCUUCCCCGAGGACCCCGACGAGCCCACCUGGCCGCCCCCGCUCAGCGCCCCCGGGCUCCCCGACCACGCCGUGCUCUCCGCCACCCGGCCCGCGGUGGUCUCCGCCACCCGCCCCACGCUGCCUUCGGCCCCACGGACCCCGCUCCUCUCGGCCACCCGCCGGCCCCCGAGCCCCGCCCUGCGACCCCCCACGGUUCCUGCCGCGCGGCCAGCUGCGCCCCGGGACCACCAGAUCCCCGGGGUCGGGGCCGGCUCUCGGGACGCGCACUCUGCCCACCAGCCCCGCGUCAUCCCUUCCACUCUCCCAGCUCGCCCCCCCGCCCCCCGGCCCCCCGUGACCUCAGCCCAACACCCGGCCCUCCGGCCCCCCGGGUCCCCGGACGCCCUGGGGGCUGACACCCAGACCGUCCUUCACCCGGCUCACACUCCAGCCAGCCCCGCCCCCCGGGGCGCCACGCCCAGUGCCGGCCGGCCCCCCCUGGCCCCGGGCUUCCCGGGGCUCGGAACCCAGCCUCCCCAGCCCCCCCGGAGCUCCCCCGGCCAGCCCUCGCUGCCCACCGCGUCCAGCUCCCUCGCGACCGCGGUCCAGCACCACCCGGCUGCCUCCCAGGCCCCAAGGCUCCCCCCUCCUCGGCCCUCGCAGAGUCCCACUAACCAGACCCCCGCCCUCCUCUCGCCCCGGCCCCGGCCCACAGUGCCCCAAGUCCCCCGGGAACGAGGUCCGGGUCCCAGGCUGGCCCCGUGGCUGCCCUCCGUGGCGCCCACGGCGGCCCCCACCGCGAUGGCCGAGGCUGACACGGCGGGUCGGAGCCAGAGGGAUGACCGCUGGCUGCUGGUGGCUCUGCUGGUACCGACAUGCGUGUUCCUGGUGGUCCUGCUCGCCCUGGGCAUCGUGUACUGCACCCGCUGCGGCCCCCACGCCCCCAACAAAAGCAUCACCGACUGCUACCGCUGGGUCACGCAUGCUGGCAGCAAGGGCCCCACGGAACCCGCACCCCCAAGGGGCAGCCUCACAGGGGUACAGACCUGCAGAACCAGUGUGUGACGGGCCCGGAUCCCCCUGCGGGGUCGGGGGAAGGGACAUGGACGCUGGACAUGCCGCCGAGGGCAGAGGCCGCACCCACCGGGGACCCAGGGGGGGUGCCCAGCUGGACAGAGGGCAUUCUGCUCGCUCGGCCCAGCGCGUGUGGCAGAGGACACACUAAACCCCCCAGUAGGUGCUGGGGUCUCCUCCAAUAAAUGGGGUGUCAACCUCACCCCAAGCUCC